AUUUGGCCAACUAUCUUUCCUCCUUCCUUCCUUCUCUCCUUCUAAGAAAUUAAUCCACACCACAACCUCAAGAAAACUACAAGCUAUUCACCAUAAAGAUUGUUACUAUUAAUUAGUAGCAGAACCGCAACUUGUUCUCCCAAAAAUAUUAGAGAAAGAACAAAGGAAAACCUGAAGAAAAAAUGGGAAAUUGUUGGCCAAAACCUGUAGAUGUUCUUCCUCCCACUUCCAAGUUUUCUAGCCCUCCUUCAGUGAUCAAGAAACAUGUUAGUACUCCUUCGGCAAGUAAGACAAGGACGGUGGAGGCGCAGCCUAGCGGUGAUGGCGGUGAUACGGCGAAAGUGGAAGUUCCGGCAAGUGGGAAAAUAAUUACUCCAAAUUUAAAAAUGUUUACUUUAGCAGAAUUGAAGAGUGCAACGAGGAAUUUUCGACCCGAUACAGUGUUAGGAGAAGGAGGAUUUGGUACAGUAUAUAAAGGAUGGGUUGAUGAUAAAACAUUUGUUCCUUCAAAAGUUGGAGUUGGUAUGCCAGUUGCUGUUAAAAAAUCAAAUCCUGAGAGUGUACAAGGUCUCAAGGAAUGGCAGGCUGAAGUAAAGUUUCUGGGAAAAUUUAGUCAUGCGAAUCUAGUUAAACUAAUUGGAUAUUGCUGGGAAGAAAAAACGUUCCUUCUUGUGUAUGAACACAUGCAGAAAGGAAGCUUAGAAAGUCAUCUUUUCAGAAAAGAAGGUGCAGAAGCAUUGUCGUGGGAUACAAGGUUGAACAUAGCAAUAGGAGCAGCAAGAGGACUUGCUUUUUUACACACCACAGAGAAGCAAGUUAUUUACCGUGAUUUCAAAGCUGCCAACAUUUUACUGGACGCGGACUAUAAUGCAAAGCUUUCUGAUUUUGGACUAGCUAAGAUGGGUCCAGAAAAUGGUGACUCACAUGUGACCACUGGAAUUGUUGGCACUUAUGGCUAUGCUGCCCCUGAGUACAUGGCUACCGGCCAUUUGUACGUGAGGAGUGACGUAUAUGGGUUUGGAGUAGUCUUACUAGAAUUACUUACGGGCCGGAGAGUACUGGAUCUUAACAGGCCCACUGGGGAGCAUGAUUUAGUGGCUUGGGCCAGGCCCAUGUUAUCUGAGAAAAAGAAGCUAAGGAAAAUAAUGGACCCAAGGCUAGAAGGACAGUACCCAUCAAAGGCUGCAUAUCAAAUAGCAGAAAUCACACUACAAUGCCUUGAGCCUGAUCCUAAAACUAGACCUUCCAUGGAAGAAAUUUUGGAGUGUUUGGAAGAAUGUAAGGGUAUCAAGAUGAGAACGCGAGAAAAGAAAACCGCUCGGGAACAUCGAAAUCACAACAAUUCUGGGCAUCGGUCGCCUCUACACGUUAAGAAAACGGGUAGUGGUAAUUACAUUGGCAAUCAAGCACAUCAUGCUCCUAUCAACCGCAGCUACUGAAACUCGAAAGGGAGAUACAAAUGAGUUUAUCGGUUAAAUGGCCUGUUACAAAUGUUCGUUUAGUUAUAUGGUCCAUUUCACAAAAGAUCUUUAUGUGUCCGUCACAAAUGUUCUUUGUUUUUUAAUUUGUGGGCUUGUGUACACUAUAGGCCCAGUCCAACUUUUAUCCAAACAAGGCCCAUUUAAGGGGCCCACUGAGACCUGUUGGUACUUUGGAAUGGUCUUAGGUAAUCAUGAGAUAGCUGGCAUGUGUCUGUUUUCAGACUGAAGAUAGUCAACGUCAACAAAAAAGGGCAAUUCCACUUAUCACUGUAAUGUUUACCUUUUUAUUUUAGGCCCAUUUAACUUGCCUUUUCUUCUGAAUAGAUAUGAUUGUAUUGCUUUUGUCUGUAUAUUUUAAAUUUUUGGAUCCAUUUCUAGGGUGAUCAUGUAUCAUAUUUUUCAACA